CUGUGGAUAUUGCUCUCUCUCAAGAUAGACUUUAGCACUCGGGACAUUUUGAACAGGAUAAUGCUUUGUUGUGUUGUGGAGGGGGCUGUCCUAUGCAUUAUAAAGUUGUUUGGCAGCAUCCUUGGUCUCUAUUCAUUAGAUGCCACUCACACCUCAUCAAUUGGGGCAUCAAAGCUUUCCGCUUGGCCCUCAUCCAGCUUCACAUUUCUUCCAUCAAAUCAGAAAACGUCACUCGAGCUUGUAGCCUCAUCCGGGAGGCAGCAGCGCAAGGAGCCAAAAUAGUUUCUUUGCCGGAAUGCUUUAAUUCUCCAUAUGGAGUGAAAUAUUUUCCUGAAUAUGCAGAGAAAAUUCCUGGUGAAUCCACACAGAAACUUUCUGAAGUAGCAAAGGAAUGCAGCAUAUAUCUCAUUGGAGGCUCUAUCCCUGAAGAGGAUGCUGGGAAAUUAUAUAACACCUGUACUGUGUUUGGGCCUGAUGGAACUUUACUAGCAAAGUACAGAAAGAUCCAUCUGUUUGACAUUGAUGUUCCUGGGAAAAUUACAUUUCAAGAAUCUAAAACACUGAGUCCGGGUGAUAGUUUCUCCACAUUUGAUACUCCGUACUGCAGAGUGGGUCUGGGCAUCUGCUAUGACAUGCGGUUUGCAGAGCUUGCACAGAUCUACACGCAGAGAGGCUGCCAGCUGUUGGUAUAUCCAGGAGCUUUCAAUCUGACCACUGGACCAGCCCAUUGGGAGUUGCUUCAGCGAUGCAGAGCUGUUGAUAAUCAGGUGUAUGUGGCCACAGCCUCACCUGCCCGGGAUGACGAAGCCUCCUAUGUUGCCUGGGGACACAGCACCGUGGUGAACCCUUGGGGGGAGGUCCUAGCCAAAGCGGGCACAGAAGAAACAAUUGUGUAUUCAGACAUAGACCUGAAGAAGCUGGGUGAAAUACGCCAGCAAAUCCCCAUUUUUAGACAGAAGCGAUCAGACCUGUAUGCAGUGGAGAUGAAAAAGCCCUAAAGUUUCUGUUUGUAAUGUGUCACAGAACAGGAAGAUAUGAUUCUGCAACAUAAUCAACUCCCUAUUAAAUUCUUUAAUGAAUAUUUUUUUUUUU